AGAAAUAGAUCCCAUUGAAAGUGAUAAGCUGAACUUUGAAGAAAAAGGUUUUGCGUUGUGAAAUAGACAUCAAAAAGGCCAUACUUCAGCAUGUCCGGAGCCUUCCCUCCCGCGCCUCACACUUCAGACAUGACGUUCUGGUCCCGCUAUGACCCGGUCGCCCAGCCCAAAGGGAAUACUGACCACUGGUCGAACAUGAAGAUAAGGAGCAGCAUGGGCAGCCCGGCAGCUGGGCGAGAUGGAGAUGUAAUGACGUCAUGGAUGAGUAGGGCCGGCUUCAGCUGGUGUACUGGAGGUAAGAGUCGCCUGGCCGACCAGUCAUUUGACGACCACAUCCAAGGGAGUCUUCAGGGCAACCUGCCAGGGAGCUACGACAAACUGAGGCCCAGAACAACUCUUCCUGACAUUACAUUACGGAACUCGUACCACGAUAGGGCCAAGGAUGGAUUCAGGUACUGGCUGGUGGAGAAGCCCAAGCCUACUUCAUAUGGCAGGUAUGGAAUUGGAUCCUUCAAGACGGUGCUAGGCGUCGGCAACGCCCCAAGAACAUAGGAAACUACACCAUGAAGCUGAAUACAUGAUUUUACUGGCGCUUCAACAAUCAUCACGAUAAACCGCAUAAAUUAGAAGCUGAAAUUAUGGGAUGUCCUUUUUACACAAAUCAUGUUAUUAUAAAAGAAAAAUAUCCAGUCUUUACAUUUACAACCUCAUGACAACAUCUGUCGAGGAUUUGUGCUGGAAUCACGUGGUUCAUGAGCAGCUCACGUGAAGCUACGUGCGUGUUAUGCAGCUGAGCGUGUGUAUGUAUGUGAAUGUGUUUGUACCUACCACCAAGUCAUAUAUUCCGUCCUGAUGUCACAGAUAACUGCCAAAAUAGUGUUACCACUUGUUAUUUCCGUGUCCGUCCAUUGCGUACUCAACUGCUGACUCCAUGCUGUUCAACAUACACAUGGAGCCAUGUUCAGCACCAUAUCUUCUAUAUUUCCAUAUAUUGUUUAUUUCCGUGUGAAUUCCGAAUCGAUAUAAUUGGCAUUAAUCUUAUGUUUUAUAAUUAUCUAAGAUGCCACUGAGAUCCAGUCAGAAUAAUAAAAAACCCACUGUGGAUGGCCACAAAGACCUAAUCAAAUAUAAUCAUAUAACUGUUGCCACAGAAUGGUUGGGUAACAAGCAGAUCCAUUACAGAGGUGAUUUGUUUCCCAAUUUUAAUAAGUAUGUCACCUUUUUCUUUCCUUUAUGUCUCGCCGUAAUCAAAUAAGAUUUCAUUCGUUUGUGUAUAAAUGCAGGGUAAGAUAUUCUUUUUAAAAAGAAUCUUGGAUAUAUAUGGAAAUAUAUAGUCUGGCGGUGCUUGUUUCAAGUUGUUUGUUUUCCAGUAGUGUAUAUAUGUGUUGUAUAGUAUGAAAUAGGUGUACAUAGAUGCAGGGUUCUUGACUUCGAGGGACAUUGCUAGAUGCUGCUUCUUCCUAUUUUGCAAAGAAAAGAACUUUUCAAGACUUGCAGAUAUAUCUUUAACAUCAUGGAACACUGUCGUCUCAGUGUACCGGUAGUUGUGCAUGUGGACUUUUCGUCAUUUCGAAACCAGUUCGAGGUUCUUUCUUUGCGUCCACACUUUGGGUGCCAACUCGGAGCAGAGGUCAACCGGUCGGCGAAGACUCGAGGUUCCCCCUGUGUUGUAGUUUGUGUUGUAGUAACCCGCGUUAAGUAGGGGUCGGGCACAGUCCCUCUUUUUACAGAGCCGAAGGGGACCCCAUGCCGAAUCAGUAUUACAGAAUGUAUAUAGAAGUUUGUGUGUGAUUAGGUGGUGUUUUCAAAGUGCACUAUAUACAAUGCAACUGAUAUAUUAAGAUGCAUUUGUGAAUAACUGAUGUUGAAAAAUAUUUUUGCGACUUUUGGUGAAUAAAAGUCGUGGAUUGUAUAGUUACAAAUUGAUUUUCAUGUAUGUGUGAUUAUUUUUACGCUAUGGAACUCUAUACGAGGUUCAUAAACGUUUGGCAUAUCAACAGGUUUCAUAUACACUGACGUUGGGUCGUCAGGAAGUUUCUAUAACAGUAGAAAACAGAAUUUUGAAUAUAGAUCACUUGAUAUGUCCCUCAAGUCAGUAGCUGUCUUUAACACACGAGUCGUAUAGUACAAUGGUAGUGACAUUCACUGAAGCCACGGGCUCAGUCCUUGCUGUAAAUCUGUAGUAUAUUUAUUAAUGAAUAUAGUAUUUAUAUCAUUUAUACAGAAUAAACUUGCUUUAUAAAG